AUGGCCUCUCAGUCAGGCAACAUGAACCGUGAGGACCGGAAUGUGCUCCGAAUGAAAGAACGUGAAAGGAGAAAUCAAGAAAUCCAGCAGGGCGGCGGAGAGGCGUUUCCAGCAAACUCCCCACUCUUCCCAGAGCCAUACAAAGUGUCCAGCAAAGAAGACAAACUCUCGAGCCGUAUCCAGAGCAUGCUUGGCAACUACGACGAGAUGAAAGAACCCAUCGGUCAAGAUACUCUUCCCAAACUCUCCAAAUCCUCAAACAACAACUCCUCUUCCUCCGAGGACAAGUCCGGGUCAGGCCUUUUCGGACCGGACCAGCGCAGCGGCGGUACAGGCGGCAGCGGACAAGGCAAAUGGACUCCAGUUUCCACAGGGGUUGGACCUUCUCCCCAACCCCAAAAACGCUCAGGACUGCCUAGCGGGCACAGCAGCCAAAGGGGCGGUAACAGCAGUAGCAGCAGUAGUAGUAGUAGUAGCAGUAGCCAAAGACACGGCGCCGAGGUGCGGGAGAAGAAGCCGAGCAAACACAGUAGCGCCUCUGAACAUUCUAAAUCGCACACGUCGAGUCCGGCUAAAGGAGGUUUAAGCUCGUCGAGUCGGAGCUCGCUGUCCACGGAACAGCAUCACGGGAAGCACGGCUACAGGCCCAAGUCCCCACGGGACCGAGAGGCCAGCUGGGACUCCCCUUCCAGGGUCCACACAUUCCCCAGCGGGCAGCACCCAAGCCAGGCCUUCCAUCCGUUGGUAAUGUCCAAACCGAGCUCCAUGCAGCAGAAGCCCACUGCGUAUGUGAGGCCCAUGGACGGACAGGAGACCACAGAAGCCAAGACCUCACAGGCCGAGAGCUACAGCACGGCCCCCUCCCACAGCAGCACGGUGGGGGAGAUGAAAUCCAAUGGGAAGGCCUCGCUGUCCAAACUCAAGAUCCCAUCACAGCCCAUGGAGGUGAGGGGCUCCAGUGACCCCAACUGUGUGGAUGAAAUUCUAAAGGAAAUGACUCAGACGUGGCCUCCUCCAUUGACGGCCAUCCACACGCCCUGCAAAACCGAGCCUUCGAAGUUCCCUUUCCCCACCAAGGACUCUCACCCAUUCCCCAGCGGUCACAAGCGAUCCUCCAAAAGCUCCAGCAGCCACCAGUCCAAAACAUGUGAAGACCAACCCACGCCGUUGGAGGAGGAUCUCAAACUAAGCAGCAGUGAGGACAGUGACGUGGAAGAGUCUGGGAAGAAUGCCUCAAGAAAUACAUCAGCAAGCACUAACAGCGAAGUGACGGAGCAGCUGAGGGACGACUCGAGCAGCCACAGCGGGUCUGAAAGCAGCUCUGGUUCAGACUCCGAGAGCGAAAGCAGCAGCAGCGACAGUGAAACCAACGAACAACCACGCCCGGCUUCACCAGAGCCUGAACAACAAGGAGCGAACAAGUGGCAGCUAGAUAACUGGUUCAAGAAGACCAAGCAGUCCUCGCCCGCGUCUCCGGUGGAAAACAGCAAUGCUCCCACUAAAUGCAAGAAGGAGGGACGUGAGAACAGCUCGGGACGGGGCUACAGCAGCCAGGGCAGCAGCUCCAAAGACUCCUCCACGCCUACGCCGAGCAGAGAGUCCCGGGCCCCGCAGAAGGGUCCGGAGGGGGGCAGAGGCCGACAGAAGUCUCCCGCGCAGAGUGAAGGUGGGACAAACAGUCGAAAAGUCACUGGAAAGAAACAACCCAAGAAGUCUGAGAAGCUCCCGGUGGUGGUGGAGCCUAAAGGCGGGUUACGAGUGGAGAGCGAACCAGCCCCUGUCCCGCUGCGGCCAAAAGCGGCAACAAAAGGCUCCCGGAAACCAACCAUCAAAAAAGAGCCUAAAGUGUCGCCACGGCCAACCGCAACGAGUGCGGCGGACAAAAAACCCAAGCCAAAAGCGCCGGUGAAAAAGCCACGAAAAACAGACUCUUCUUCUUCAGACUCUGAGGAAAAUGAGAGCAUCCCGUCGUCGUCCCAAACUCCAAAAUACACGGAGAGCAUCAAGACGCCUGUCUGCGUGUUUUCUCCAAUGGAGGAUAAAGAGCCACUGUCGCCGCUUAGUGACCCGGAGGAGCGAUACCCCUCCAGGACAUCCCAGCAGCAAGUGUUACUGGUCAAAAUAGACUUGAGUUUGCUAUCGCGAAUCCCAGGACGACCGUACAAAGAGCCUGCAGACAUCAAGGUGGAAAGAGACUGUUUAGAACGAGACACAAAAGAUACCAGUCGGCACAAUUCCGAGAAGAGCUCCAGCAAAGGCAAAAGGAAACACAAGACUGAGGAAGACGGCUCUAAACCUACCAGUAAAAGACGGAAACCGGAGGACAAGCCUGCAUCCCACCAUAAGAGCAACAGCGAAGAGUCACGCAGGUCUCUGGAGAAGAAGGAGGAGCCUGUGCCAUCGCCGUCACUGUCCGGGCUUCAGCGGACCCCCAAAGCCGAACACCCGAGUCGAAAGCGGACCGCAAGUCAGUCCUCCACCUCUCUCUCGAGCGGCACUGGUAGCGGCAAAGAGGGGAGCCACAAUAACAAGACCAGCUCCACCUCCAAACACCACAAAGGAGAGCCCAAAGGACGCAGCACGCGCGAUGGCAAGGACAAAUCCUCCAAAAGCAGCAGCGAUAACCAGCUGGCUGUGCCUCCGCUCUCCUCAGACGGCUCCAAAAACCAACGCUCCAAACUCGUGUUCGAAGACCGGGUUCAUUCUGCAGAUCACUACUUACAAGAAGCAAAGAAACUCAAGCACAACGCAGAUGCACUGGUAGGAAUCAAUCAAUCCCAUUUGGACAGGUUUGAGAAAGCCGUGUAUUACUUGGACGCAGUGGUUUCUUUUAUUGAAUGUGGAAAUGCGCUGGAGAAAAGUGCGCAGGAGGCCAAAUCCCCGUUCCCUAUGUACGCGGAGACGGUGGAGCUGAUCAAAUACACUAUGAAGUUAAAAAGCUACAUGGCUCCAGACGCCACUUCGGCCGACAAAAGGCUAGCUGUGCUUUGCCUUCGAUGUCAGUCCCUCUUGUAUCUUCGGUUGUUCAAGCUUAGGAAAGACAGUGCACUGAAAUACUCCAAAACUCUCACAGAACACUUAAAGAACUCAUUGAGUAACACCCAGGCGCCCUCUCCUGGAAUGGGAAACAAAGCGGGCAUGCCCUCCCCCGUCUCCCCCAAACUGUCCCCCGGCAGCACGGCCAGCGGCUACUCGUCUGUGAGCAGCAGCAGCAGCAACUCCUCCUCCGUCACCAUUCCCCAGAGGAUCCACCAGAUGGCAGCAAGCUACGUCCAGGUCACCUCCAACUUCUUAUAUGCCACUGAGGUUUGGGACCAGGCCGAACAGCUCUCCAAGGAACAGAAAGAGUUCUUCUUUGAACUGGACAAAAUGAUGGGUCCUCUGAUCUUCAACACCAGCAGCAUGACUGAACUGGUGCGCUACACUCGACAAGGGCUGCACUGGCUACGGCUCGACGCGAAACCCAUUCCCUGA